CAUUGGAACGGUCCCUAAAUCAACGGCUGUCUUUCGUCCAAUAACCCGGUAAACACAACCUUAAAAAACCACGAGACCUCCUCUGAGUUCCAUUUAGAUGAAGCUGUUCUGACUCUCUCUCUCAGUGAGCUCAGGCAACUCAAAGGGUUGAAGGAGGAAUCUAAUUUGCAAGGAAAUUCUGCUGCUUUUGAAAAACUGUACUGGGAUUUGGAGUUGGAUUUGGGAUUUGUCUGUUGAGAUUACACAGUCGAUGACAAUGGAUCCGCGUCUGCGGAGUUUCUCUGAUUCUUUAAAUGGAGUUCGAUUAAGCAACCGACCUUUUUCCAUUCUUUCACAUCAGAACAUUGUGCCCCAAUCCCCAUUUAGUAGUCAUCCUUUCUUAGGUAGCGAUUAUAGGGAAUUCAAUUACCCUAGACCCGAUCUAACCCCAAAUGAUUUAUCGUCUGUCUCGAGCUUGAGUCAUGAGGAGGAAGAUUGUGACUUUUCAGAUGAAGUCUUGAAAUACAUUAACCAGAUGCUUAUGGAAGAAGACAUGGAGGAUAAGACUUGCAUGCUUCAAGAGUCUUUGGAACUUCAAGCAGCCGAGAAGUCAUUCUAUGAUGUCCUUGGAAAGAAAUAUCCCCCUUCCCCAGAAGUAAACCAUGAUUUUUCAGUUCCAUAUGGUGAGAUCCCAGAUGAUGGUUUCUCGGGAAACAGCAGCAACUAUAUUACUUCUAGUAGUAGUAACAGUGGUUUCUCUGGAAGUGGCAGCAGCUAUAUUACUAGUAGUAGUAACAGUGGUAGCUAUUUCAGUGAUGGUACCUGGAUUCAAAGUCCAGGUGGAUAUAUGUCUCAAUUUCAAGGUCUUCCACCUUAUAACAUUUCCCAUUCAUCGUAUGGCUCUUCAACUAUGGUCAGUAGCCUGGAUGGGCUGGUGGAAUCUCCUAGUAGCAGUCUUCACGUCCCUGAUUUCAGUACUGAGACUCGAUCUGUUUGGCAGUUCAAUAAGGGGGUUGAAGAGGCUAGUAGGUUUCUUCCUGGUGAGACUAAUUUGGUUGUUGAUCUUGAUGUGAAUUGGUUGUCGGCUCAAGCUUUGAAGGUUAGGACUGAUGAGGAAGUUGUUAAACCGGAGAAAAAGGAUGAAGGGGAGUGUUCUCCCGGUGGUCCAAGGGGGAGGAAGAAUCCGUAUAGGGAGGAUGAUGAGGAUGUGGAAGAAAAUAGGAGUAGCAAGCAAGCGGCAGUUUCUACUGAAUCUACUCUGCGAUCAGAGAUGUUUGAUAAGAUUUUGCUUUGUAGCUUAGGGGAGGGUAAAGAGCACUUAAUAUCCAAACGGGAGCAGUUGCAGAAUGGAAUGAUCAAAAGUGUGCCUCAGAAAGAGAAAUCCAAAGGAUCAAAUGGAGGAAAAGGUCGUGGUAAGAAACAAAGUGGUAACAAAAAGGAUGUUGUGGAUUUGAGAAGUCUCCUUAUUACUGUUGCACAAGCAGUUGCAGCUGAUGAUCAUAGGACUGCAAAUGAGCUGCUGAAGAAGGUGAGGCUGCAUUCUUCGCCUUUUGGAGAUGGGGCUCAGAGACUGGCUCAUUGCUUUGCUGAUGGCCUCGAGGCUCGCUUGGCUGGUACUGGUAGCCAGAUCUAUAAAGGCUUUGUUAGCAAAAGAACACCUGCUGCUGAUGUCUUGAAAGCUUACCAUCUUUUCCUUGCUGCAUGUCCAUUUACUAAGAUAUCUAAUUUUGUCUCAAACAAGACCAUAAUGACUUCAUCACAAAAAGCGAUGAGACUCCAUGUCAUAGAUUUUGGUAUCCAUUAUGGUUUCCAAUGGCCUACCCUUAUUCAGAGGAUCGCAAUGAGGGAGGGUGGACCCCCAAAGCUUCGGAUUACUGGAAUUGAAUUUCCACAACCAGGAUUCCGGCCAGCUGAAGGAGUAGAGGAAACAGGACGUCGCUUGGCAGCUUAUGCUGAGACGUUCCACGUGCCAUUUGAGUACAAUGCUAUUGCAAAGAAAUGGGAAAACAUUACACUUGAGGAACUAAAAAUUGGAAGGGAUGAGUUUCUUGUUGUGAACUGUUUGUAUCGGGGUAAGAACUUGCUUGAUGAAAGUGUGGCUGUGGACAGUGCUCGAAAUAGGGUUCUUAAUCUGAUAAGGAGAACUAAUCCAGACAUUUUCAUCCAUGGAGUUAUUAAUGGAGCAUACAAUGCCCCCUUUUUUGUCACCAGGUUCCGAGAGGCUUUAUUUCAUUUUUCUUCAAUGUUUGACAUGCUCGAAACAGUUGUACCCCGCGAGGAUCGGGAGAGGAUGGUGAUUGAGAAAGAGAUAAUUGGCAGGGAGGCUUUGAAUGUUAUAGCUUGUGAGGGAUGGGAAAGAGUGGAAAGGCCAGAAUCCUACAAGCAGUGGCAGGUCCGCAACUUGAGGGCUGGGUUUGUGCAAAUACCUUUCGACAGAGAACUUGUGAAGCUGGCGGCUCGGAAAGUGAAAUCUAGUUACCACAAGGAUUUUGUUAUCGAUGAAGAUGGGCGCUGGCUGUUGCAGGGAUGGAAGGGACGGACCAUAUUUGCCAUUUCUGCUUGGAAACCUUCGUAAGGAGCUUGAAAGCCACAUUAUUAGUGCUUGUAAUCUGCUUCUUAGCUUUUCAAGGGGAUACCGGGUUGAGUCAAGGUACUUGUGUUAAUCGAUUUAUGCUCUUCAUAAGUCGAUUGCUUCAUUGAUAAUUUGGCAGGUAAAUGUGGUAGCUGGUUUCGAUCGUUGAUUUUGAUUAUUGUAACACUGUCAUAGAGUACUGCUUUGAUGUUCCUUUGUAGACAUCUUUCAGAAUUAUCAGACAACACUUCUCUUCACUAGUUGAUAGUAGUAGUGAUGUACAUUUACUCCACUAGGGGUAUUCUGAUUUCAGCUUAGAUAAAAUAUAAUUUUUCCUUUUCUUCGAGUUUGUUUAAUACCUGCUUGUGUGUUAUGAAA